CUCAGGAAGGGUAUGGUCUAGCUCAGGGUUGGCCAACCCGCGGCUCUCCCCUUCAUGUGAUGCGAGCUAUCAGGGCGGAAGUUGAGAAGAAGUGACGCACAUUAGGGGGCGGAAGCCGACAGGAAGUGACGCACCUAAAUAUCAUAUCUUGUCUUGUCAGUGAGUGUUUCUGGGCCGCUGUGCUGCCGGUAUAUCGCGGAGUGAGCCGGUGAUGCGUCCCGGGGGUACCGUGUGAGGAAACCUCGCCCUUUGAACCUGAACUAAUUCCCGUACCCCCAGUGGCUGAAGAGCGUUGGUAACAAUGAGUGGAGCGGCCCUUGGAGUUGAGAUUGUAUUUGUGUUUUUUCUUGCCCUCUUUCUCCUGCACCGAUUUGGGGACUUCAAAAAACAACACAGACUUGUGCUAGUGGCCACACUCCUAGCCUGGUGCCUGUGUUUCUUGAUUGUGUUUAUCAUACCACUGGACGUUAGUACGACCAUAUAUAAUCGAUGCAUCGCCAGGAGCGCUGUCACUCCCACCCCCAUCAAUGUGAGCCAGCUUGCCACAACCACAAAAGCAGCAAUUACCAACGUCUCCACACCUUACUCAGCCACCACCCACUCACUAAGCAGUGCUGAGAAUGUCUCGCCCCAGGUGUGCUACAAGCCCUGGAGCUAUAUUCCAAAGGGCAUCAUGCCAAUCUUCUGGCGUGUAGUCUACUGGACAUCCCAGUUCCUUACUUGGAUUCUGCUGCCGUUCAUGCAGUCGUAUGCGCGAUCCGGGGGCUUCUCCAUCACAGGGAAAAUUAAAACUGCUCUGAUUGAAAAUGCCAUCUAUUACGGCACGUACCUGUUAAUCUUUGGGGCGCUGUUAAUAUAUGUUGCUGUGAACCCUAAUCUUCAUCUUGAGUGGUAUCAACUACAAACAAUUGGGAUAGCGGCUGCCAACACAUGGGGUCUGUUCCUCCUGGUCCUGCUGCUGGGGUACGGUCUGGUGGAGAUCCCUCGCUCUCAUUGGAAAGGAGCAAGGAAAGGCUAUCUGCUCAUGAAAACUUAUUUCAAAGCAGCCAAACUAAUGACUGAGAAAGCAGAUGCGGAGGAGAACCUAGAAGAUGCCAUGGAGGAAGUGCGGAAAGUGAACGAAUGUAUUAAAUACAACCACCCCUUGCGGAAAUGUGUUGAUACCAUUUUAAGAAAGUGUCCCAGUGUGUACCAGGAGAAAAUGGGGAGAAACAUGGAUGACUACGAAGACUUUGAAGAAAAGAAUAUCAACUAUCCCAGUGAGAAGAUGCUAGUAAAACUCCAUAAACAGGUGAUCUAUGCUGUCCAGAGACAUAAUCGGACCCAGGUCCAGUGGCAUAUCCUCCUGGAACAAGCCUUUCACCUAGAGGAUGUAGCAAAAAAUGAGACCAGUGCGACAAAGCAAUUUCUACACACCUUCCCCCAGGAGUCCGAAAGCUGGGUCACCCGACACUUCUACACCUCGACCGUUGAGUGGUACUGGGAGUGUCUGUUCCGUCCCUGGUGUUCUCGGGUCCUGGCCGUCAUCCUGGCGUUAUUCUCUGCUGUAGUUGUGUGGUCGGAGUGCACUUUCUUCAGCACACACCCUGUCCUGUCUCUCUUUGCGGUGUUUAUACAACAGGCCGAAAGGACCUACAACUACAUUUAUAUUGAGGUGGCCUGUUUCCUCACCAUAUUCUUCCUGAGUAUCUGUGUUUAUUCAACAGUCUUCAGGAUCCGGGUGUUUAAUUAUUACUAUUUUGCAUCACACCACCAAACGGAUGCCUACAGCCUCCUCUUCAGUGGCAUGUUGUUCUGUCGCUUGACGCCUCCACUGUGUCUGAAUUUUUUGGGCCUGACUCACAUGGACGGGUCAAUUUCUCACCAAAAUACAGAGCAGACCGCCUACACCUCAAUAAUGGGAUCUUUAAAAGUUCUGCCACUGAUUGCGGAUGGAUUUUACAUAUAUUACCCCAUGUUGGUGGUCAUCCUUUGUAUUGCUACUUAUUUCAGCUUGGGAACACGCUGUCUGAACUUACUUGGGUUUCAACAGUUUAUGGGGGACAACGAUAUGACUUCUGACCUGACUGAUGAGGGAAAAGAAUUAAUUAGGAGAGAGAAGCGAAAACGGCAAAGACAGGAAGAUGGUGAAACGCGCAGAAGGGAGUGGAAGGAACGCUAUGCCAAUAACAGGGAGGAUUCCAGUCGUAACAGAAAUGUCAACUCUGAACCGAAAGAGGCAACUUACACCGAAAUGACCACAAGUCGACCAUCAAAGUACACAAGGCCAAGUAACCGAUCAGAGCGGGACCGGAUAGAACUCCUGCAAGACGCGGAGCCGCUGGAUUUCAAUGCAGAAGCUUUUACAGAUGAUCCACUGGACUCAGAAUCUGGAAGAUAUCAACCAGCUGGACGUUAUUUAUCCAUGUCAAAGUCAAACAGCAGAAUAUUUGAUGAUGUAUAAUCCUGCGCUGGACCCAGGGGACUGAACGCCUCAUCUGCUGCAGAAUAUCCUCUGCCUAAAAUGCACAAUAUGGUAUUAUACGGAAGAGAAAAAUGGCCUAACAAAAUUAGCAGCUGCCCAUUGGUUACAGGGACCUCUGAGUUUAUUACCACAACGGACUGACAUUUGUAUAAAACAAAACAGGCAUGCACGUAUUUAUAAGGAAAACAAGUGGCAGAUUCUGCUGGUGUCUGCACAACAAGAAGAAAUUACAGGCUUAAUUACUGUAUAAACGUGCAAACGAAUCCUGCUCGUUAUCUACUGUGGCACAAAGUGGAUAUUGCUAUAUUAUCACGGGAAAGCUGCUGGGUUUUUUUAGUUUUUUUUGUAAAUAUAAAUUAUUAUUUUUAUUCUUGCCUGGUUUAGAGAGCACCUGUCUUUUGCAAAUCAUGAUAGCAGCCAUUUCAGUACUGAACCAAUGUCUGUGAGAUCGCAGCCAUUCAGUUACUGGUUCCAGUUCAUAGGUUGGACUGUGCAGGAUAUUGGCCCAGCCAACAAAAUUGCUAGCUCCAUCCUGUAGGCAGUAAUUGCACUUUACGUUGUUGAUAGUAUCUGUUGGCUACAGGCUCCUCCUCAUCCUCCUCCUCAUCCUCCUCAUCUGGCGUGAUCCCUGAGCACAGUUCUGUUACACAUUGAAAGGACACAAUGCUAAAACUUGUAAUGAGCAGGGGAAAUCGGGAAACAUCGGAUAACAAAUAUAAUUUAGUAUAUUUCAGGAUGUUGAUUCCAAACUUAUACAGAAAACUACAAGCCCUAAGGAUUCCUGAUAAUAGAACCCAUACCUAUACAGAAAAGAUAUCAUUUUGUAAAAUCAAAUGUAAGUGAGCUUGGAAUGGUUUUUAUUUUGUUUCUUGCGCCUUCCCUACAGUAUUUUUCUCUGUCCGGGAUUAGGGGUGCCUAGCUAGGUUCAGAGCGGGUGGCAUUCAGUUUGCCGGUUGUCUGGAUUCCAGCUGUCAGGAGAUCGACGCCGGAAUCCCGACACCCGGGGGAAAUACCAGCGGUCGGACUCCCGAGGGGGAAUAUAAUCCUGUGAUGACGGAAGGUUGCCACCGGACCAGAAUCAUGGGGUGCGCAGAGAGCCCGCGAGGGGACACGCUGCGUUCGCCGACAGUAUUCCAUCUGUUGGAAUCCUGGCGUCUGUCUCCUGACCGACGGGAUAAGAUACUGAUCACCCUUAGAGCACCUAUUAUGCACUUUUUAAAAAAUUGUUCAUAUCGGCAGUCAGGAGACGACGUGGGUGGGAGCCAAAGAGGCCUGACACUAAUCAGGCCUCUAUGGCCUCAAUUAACAGCAGCACAUUGUAUUUCAGAUCAGCCAAAUUGCACAUGCCUAAGAGUGUAAGUUCAUUAGAAGAAAAGUGGGUAGUCUAACAUGUUUCCUAAUUUGAAAGUGUAGACUGUGGGGGUCAUUCCGAGUUGUUCGCUCGUUAUUUUUUUUUUUUUGCAACGGAGCGAUUAGUCGCUAAUGCGCAUGCGCAAUGUCCGCAGUGCGACUACGCCAAGUAAAUUUGCUAUGCAGUUAGGUAUUUUACUCACGGCAUUACGAGGUUUUUUCUUCGUUCUGGUGAUCGUAAUGUGAUUGACAGGAAGUGGGUGUUUCUGGGCGGAAACUGGCCGUUUUAUGGGUGUGUGCGAAAAAACGCUACCGUUUCUGGGAAAAACGCGGGAGUGGCUGGAGAAACGGAGGAGUGUCUGGGCGAACGCUGGGUGUGUUUGUGACGUCAAACCAGGAACGACAAGCACUGAACUGAUCGCAGAUGCCGAGUAAGCCUGGAGCUACUCAGAAACUGCUAAGAAGUGUCUAUUCGCAAUUCUGCUAAUCUUUCGUUCGCAAUUUUAAUAUGCUAAGAUUCACUCCCAGUAGGCGGCGGCGGCUUAGCGUGUGCAAAGCUGCUAAAAGCAGCUUGCGAGCGAACAACUCGGAAUGACCCGCUGUAUCCUUUGUUCUGUGAGGUACGCUUAUAUUCUCCCUGCACUAGUCUGUCCAUGUGCCCAGUUCACCACAUUUUAUGUGCGGCACAGUUCAUAUACUCGCCCCUUGCCUGUACUUUGCAGAUGCAGCUACUGCAUGCCUCUGGGGAUUUACACUGCGACUAAAAUUCUUUGUAAACAACGACAUACUAAAGAAAAUUUGUAAAUUAACAUAUUUACAGCAAUAUGCAAUGAUCAUUAAUCCUGUACAUCGGUAUAUUUCAUAUGUGCGUUCAAUGAUAUAAAAUACUUUGAGAUCAAAAUCAUUUGAGUUUUGAAAGGCUACAAUUGCAGCGUACAUUUAUAUAUAAGCAUUUUGAAUGUAGCCAUCGGCUAGUGGUAUUCUUACAUAUCACCGGUCACAUUGUACAUUGCAGUCUCCAGUUCUAUUUAUUAAAGAGCUUGUGGGGGUCAUUCUGAGUUGAUCGCUCGCUGCCGAUUUUCGCAGCGCAGCGAUCCGGUAAAAAAACUGCGCAUGUGUUUACACUGCAAUGCGCACACGCGUUGUGCGGGUACAAACAGCAUUGUUGCUGUGCAAUGCUUCUAGUGACUAUUCCAUUCACAAAGCCGAUCGCAAGGAGAUUGACAGGAAGAGGGCGUUUAUGGGUGUCAACUGACCGUUUUCUGGGAGUGGUAUGAAAAACGCAGGCGUGUCCAAGCGUUUGCAGGGCGGGUAUCUGACGUAAAUUCCGGGACCUCCGUCGCUAGGAUCAUCGCACAGGAUAAGUAACUUCAGGACUGGUCUUGUUUUGCACUAAAUGUUUUUGUACCGCUCGGCUGCACAUGCGAUUGCACACUUGCAAAGCGAAAAUACACUCCCCCCGUGGGCGGCGACUAUACGUUUGCACGGCUGCAAAAAGUAGUUAUCGAGCGAUGAACUCGGAAUGAGGGCCUGUGUUCCAGACCUGUGCACUCACACAGUGAUAACCUGGUGUACAGACUCAAAACUUAAUUAAUGAGAUGUUUCCUGAAAAAUGGGGCAUACAGCAUGUUAGUGAAUACAGUCAGAAAUGGGUAUUCAUCUCAUUCUCCCCAAAGGGGCCGCAUGUAGCAUCCUAGGACGUGUUUUGUUUUUUUACACGGUUUUUGAGUAUCAUGUUUGGGCUUUGGUUUCCUUUUAAGCAAAAAUUCUAUUACUUAAAGGGCUUAUUCUGUGUAUGCCAACAUGCCCCAAAUUGCUGUAGGUUCUUUCUUUAGCCCCUCCCUCAUUGGACAGCCCCUGAACUGCAGUUGUAUAACCCAAAUUGCCCGUGACAUGGGCAUGCUGCAGUAUGAAAGGCCGAGCAAGCACAUGCAGCCUUUCACCACUAUGUACAUGGGAGAUCCCUGCAGAAUGUCUGGUAAGGGGCUGGAACAUCUGAGUUUUCAAUCCUUUCUAACCUCUCAUCUGAACUGAGUAUUACAUAUUCUGUUCUCUAGAGUGCUGUAGAAUGUUCUCUAGUCUCCGCUCUCCUUCCAUCUACAGCCACAGGGCCAAAGUGUUUUAUACUGCUAUAGUACUUGAAUCAUUACGUGAAGGUGUGUCCAGGUAUUUAUUCUAGGGUACUCUCAAUGGUUCACUUGUGUCACCUACAUGAACAGUGUCCCUCACAAAGCCGGGGACAGUAUCUUCUGUCUUGUACGGUGAGGAACACUUUGCUUUGGCCAUUGUUUAUUUUUCUUUUAAUUCUGUUUUUUUACUUUUUUUUUUUUUUCUUCUUCUAUUUUAUCCUUAUUCUAUCAGAAAGAAUAACAUAUGUGAGAUCACAGCAGUGGUUCCAUGCUAUGGACAGGUGGAGAGACCAUAUGAAUGAGACGUUCAGGUUAAUGAGCAGCAUAGAAUUUCUAUGCUGAAGCAGAAGUAUCCUGAAAUAUAGUUUUACCGUGUGCCUACUUCAAUGUAUCACUGUAUGCAGUGCUACUACACUGAGAGACAUUACUAUGUUUUAUUUUAGUAACCAUUUUAAUAUUGUUAUUGUGUUGAAUAAUUGUUUUUUUUGUUUGUUGUAUUUUGUUUGUCUUUUGCAAUCAUUCAGCUAUGGUGGCUUAUUGCACUUUGUAUUGCUGUACUGCAUAUACAGUAGUACUAUGAUUUAAGGAUCUCCUGUGCCACUAGCAACCCCUCAUUCACUUACCUGCAUUCUGGACUCCGGAUGCAUACAGAUUAAUAGGAGUAACUGGAAGAGAUGAACCGAACCGCUCUGGUGCGGCUGUUUAUGUUGUGUUAGAGGUUUGUUUUUUUUAAAUUUAUAUUUUGUUUUUUCCAUUUCUCUAUCGUCCUAAGUGGAUGCUGGGGUUCCUGAAAGGACCAUGGGGAAUAGCGGCUCCGCAGGAGACAGGGCACAAAAGUAAAGCUUUUACAGGUCAGGUGGUGUGUACUGGCUCCUCCCCCUAUGACCCUCCUCCAGACUCCAGUUAGAUUUUUGUGCCCGGCCGAGAAGGGUGCAAUCUAGGUGGCUCUCAUAAAGAGCUGCUUAGAGAGUUUAGCUUAGGUUUUUUAUUUUACAGUGAUUCCUGCUGGCAACAGGAUCACUGCAACGAGGGACAGAGGGGAGAAGAAGUGAACUCACCUGCGUGCAGGAUGGAUUGGCUUCUUGGCUACUGGACAUGAAGCUCCAGAGGGACGAUCACAGGUACAGCCUGGAUGGUCACCGGAGCCACGCCGCCGGCCCCCUCACAGAUGCUGAAGCAAGAAGAGGUCCAGAAUCGGCGGCUGAAGACUCCUGCAGUCUUCUUAAGGUAGCGCACAGCACUGCAGCUGUGCGCCAUUUUCCUCUCAGCACACUUCACACGGCAGUCACUGAGGGUGCAGGGCGCUGGGGGGGGGGCGCCCUGGGAGGCAAAUGAAAACCUUUAAAAAGGCUAAAAAUACCUCACAUAUAGCCCCAAAGGCUAUAUGGAGAUAUUUACCCCUGCCUAAAUGUACUAAAUAGCGGGAGACGAGCCCGCCGAAAAAGGGGCGGGGCCUAUCUCCUCAGCACACGGCGCCAUUUUCUGUCACAGCUCCGCUGGUCAGGAAGGCUCCCAGGUCUCUCCCCUGCACUGCACUACAGAAACAGGGUAUAACAGAGAGGGGGGGCAAAAUAAAUGGCAAUAUAUUAAUAUAAAAGCAGCUAUAAGGGAGCACUUAAUCAUAAGGCUAUCCCUGUCAUAUAUAGCGCUUUUUGGUGUGUGCUGGCAGACUCUCCCUCUGUCUCCCCAAAGGGCUAGUGGGUCCUGUCUUCGUAUAGAGCAUUCCCUGUGUGUCUGCUGUGUGUCGGUACGUAUGUGUCGACAUGUAUGAGGACGUUAUUGGUGUGGAGGCGGAGCAAUUGCCAAAUAUGAGGAUGUCACCUCCUAGGGGGUCGACACCAGAAUGGAUGCCUUUAUUUGUGGAAUUACGGGAUAGCGUCAACUCGCUUAAGCAGUCGUUUGCCGACAUGAGGCGGCCGGACACUCAAUUAGUGCCUGUCCAGGCGCCUCAAACACCGUCAGGGGCUGUAAAACGCCCCUUGCCUCAGUCGGUCGACACAGACCCAGACACAGGCACUGAUUCCGGUGGUGAAGGUGACGAAUCAACCGUAUUUUCCAGUAGGGCCACACGUUAUAUGAGUGGCAAUAAAGGAGAUGUUACAUUUAGCUGAUACUACAGGUACCACUAAACAGGGUAUUAUGUGGGGUGUGAAAAAACUACCAGUAGUUUUUACCGAAGCAGAAGAAUUAAAUGACGUGUGUGAUGAAGCGUGGGGUGCCCCGAUAAAAAAACUGCUAAUUUCAAAGAAGUUAUUGGCUUUAUACCCUUUCCCGCCAGAGGUUAGGGAGCGCUGGGAAACACCUCCUAGGGUGGACAAAGCGCUAACACGCUUAUCAAAACAAGUGGCGUUACCCUCUCCUGAGACGGCCGCACUUAAAGAUCCAUCAGAUAGGAGGAUGGAAAAUAUCCAAAAAGGUAUAUACACACAUGCAGGUGUUAUACUACGACCAGCUAUUGCGACUGCCUGGAUGUGCAGUGCUGGGGUAGUUUGGUCAGAGUCCCUGAUCGAAAAUAUUGAUACCCUGGACAGGGACAAUAUUUUACUGUCGUUAGAACAAAUAAAGGAUGCAUUUCUUUAUAUGCGUGAUGCACAGAGAGAUAUCUGCACACUGGCAUCACGGGUGAGUGCUAUGUCCAUUUCGGCCAGAAGAGCUUUAUGGACACGACAGUGGACAGGCGAUGCGUAGAGGAGUUAUUUGGGGUCGGUCUAUCGGAUUUGGUGGCCACGGCUACGGCCGGGAAAUCCACCUUUCUACCUCAAGUCACUCCCCAACAGAAAAAGGCACCGACCUUUCAACCGCAGCCCUUUCGUUCCUUUAAAAAUAAGAGAGCAAAGGGCUAUUCAUAUCUGCCACGAGGCAGAGGACGAGGGAAGAGACAGCAACAGGCAGCUCCUUCCCAGGAACAGAAGCCCUCCCCGGCUUCUACAAAAGCCUCAGCAUGACGCUGGGGCUUCGCAAGCGGACUCGGGGGCGGUAGGCGGUCGUCUCAAGAAUUACAGCGCGCAGUGGGCUCACUCGCAGGUAAAUCCCUGGAUCCUGCAGAUAAUAUCUCAGGGGUACAGGUUGAAAUUAGAGACAGAGCCACCUCGCCGUUUCCUGAAGUCUGCUUUACCAACGUCCCCCUCAGAAAGGGAGACGGUUUUGGAAGCCAUUCACAAGCUGUAUUCUCAGCAGGUGAUAGUCAAGGUACCUCUUCUACAACAAGGAAAGGGGUAUUAUUCCACUCUUUUUGUGGUACCGAAGCCGGAUGGCUCGGUAAGGCCUAUUCUAAAUCUGAAGUCCUUGAACCUGUACAUAAAGAAGUUCAAGUUCAAGAUGGAGUCACUCAGAGCAGUGAUAGCGAACCUGGAAGAAGGGGACUUUAUGGUAUCCUUGGACAUCAAGGAUGCGUAUCUCCACGUUCCAAUUACCCCUCACACCAGGGGUACCUCAGGUUCGUUGUACAAAACUGUCACUAUCAGUUUCAGACGCUGCCGUUUGGUUUGUCCACGGCACCUCGGGUCUUUACAAAGGUAAUGGCCGAGAUAAUAUUUCUUCUUCGAAGAAAAGGCGUAUUCAUUAUCCCAUACUUGGACGAUCUCCUAAUAAGGGCAAGGUCCAGAGAACAGCUAGAGAUGGGUUUAGCACUAUCUCAAGAGGUGCUAAAGCAGCACGGAUGGAUUCUGAAUAUUCCAAAAUCCCAAUUAAUGCCGACAACUCGUCUGCUGUUCCUGGGGAUGAUUCUGGACACAGUUCAGAAAAAGGUUUUUCUUCCCGAAGAAAAAGCCAAGGAGUUAUCUGACCUGGUCAGGAACCUCCUAAAACCAGGAAAGGUGUCUGUACAUCAAUGCACAAGAGUCCUGAAAAAAAAUGGUAGCUUCUUACGAAGCAAUCCCUUUCGGCAGAUUCCAUGCAAAGGGAUCUGUUGGACAAAUGGUCAGGGUCGCAUCUUCAGAUGCACCUGCGGAUAACCCUGUCGCCGAGGACAAGGGUAUCCCUUCUGUGGUGGUUGCAGGAGGCUCAUCUAUUGGAGGGCCGCAGAUUCGGCAUGCAGGAUUGGAUCCUGGUGACCACGGAUGCCAGCCUGAGAGGCUGGGGAGCAGUCACACAGGGAAGAAAUUUCCAGGGAGUGUGGUCGAGCCUGAAAAAGUCUCUUCACAUAAGCAUUCUGGAACUAAGAGCAAUCUACAAUGCUCUAAGCCAGGCGGAACCUCUGCUUCAAGGAAGACCGGUGUUGAUCCAGUCGGACAACAUCACGGCAGUCGCCCAUGUAAACAGACAGGGCGGCACAAGAAGCAGGAGGGCAAUGGCAGAAGCUGCCGGGAUCCUUCGCUGGGCGGAGAAUCACGUGAUAGCACUGUCAGCAGUAUUCA